UGGACAUGUCCCGUUUCACUACUGGGCUUCCUUCCUGUGAAUCAUGAGCCUCGCAAAGAGAUGCCGAUGUCGGCUGGAGACCACAUGGCAUAUGCGCCGCGAACGCGGGCGGGAGCGCCAGUGUGUUAUGUAAAUUACUCGUUCACUUUGUGUUUAUUUACUAGUUCGAUGCCGUAUUGCUAAAGUAUAUCUUAACAAAACAUAUGGAGACUUUUGUGUGUCAUUGAGUGGAAUGUUUAAUUCAAAAACAUGGAGUUUUCGUUAGUACUCUUGGUGCUGACCGUGUUGUGGAAAACCUCCUCGUGUGUUCUCUGUUACAAAUGUCUUCCCGAAGACACAGGGAACAAUGACAGAAUCAACACAUCGUGCGAGCACUUCGACGGCAGCGACAGAUUCGUAGAGAACUGCACCAAGUCUACAAUGUGCUCCAAACGAGUGAGCACGUUAACAAGCGUAGGAAAAGGAUCCGUGUCCACAGUGAUCGUGUCCAGGAAUUGCGCAAAGCAGAGCUUGGGACAGGAGCAGAGGAAAUCAAACGGGAAGUGGCACCAGUUCACCGCCAUACACGAAGUCCACGACGAACAGUGCACACAAGACGACUACGAUCCGGACAGACUGACAGUUAUACUGAACUGUCACUGCCGCGGAGACUAUUGUAAUGCGUCUAUAGUUUAUGGUGUUCAUUUUAAGACUAUUUUGUUAUUGUCUAUACUUUAUGUGUUUCAAUUCAGUUAAUGUUUCUCUAAAAAAAAGAAGAAGGUAAAUAAUUGUAUUGAUAGGAAAUGAUUGCCUUUAAAAGUGUCUUGAGAAUGUAUUGAUGAUUUAAAAAAUCAAAGCCCUUGAAACCUCAACACAGUUGAUGGAAGAAAUUGAAAUCUGAGUCUUCGUUUAGUCAAUUAAGAUAAGUAAUGAGGGAAGAAAUAGAAGAUACUUUAUUGCACACAAAAAAGAUAAAAAAUAACAAUUAAAACUAAAAAUUAGCAUGCGAAGGCGGUAUAAGCAAUCUUUAAAAGGCAACCCCUUAUGAGAGAACAGGUCAGUUAAUAUUUAAAGUCACACAUAAAUACAAUAUGGCUUAUAUUUAUUUUUCGGUUGACGUCAGUCUGCCUUUUAUGAAGAUCCUGCAGUCUUAUUCACUAACUUUGAGGUAUGUUAGUUGACAUGUACGGAAUUUAUAGGAUCUCAAUUUUGUAUAUGUCAACUGACAUAAAGUAACAAAUAUCAUCCGGUGCCUACUGGUGGAUAUCAAACAAUAGAUGACAUUUCUCAAUUCAUUUGAUGUUUAUUGACCAAAAUAGUAAAUAGGCCAGCUGGUAGACGUUGUCGUUAAAUGUUUUACAA